AUGCAUGGAUCGAAGCUACAUAUGGCAGACUACAUACUUGCCGUGUUUGCCAACAAGCACCUGAGUGGCAACCGGAAAGGGGCUUGUCAAAGAUACCCAAGCUGGACAAUUUCUCGGUACAAUUGCAGAGACGACCUUCUCAUGGAUGAAACCGCUGGUUCUAUGAAGAGAGACCUUGACUGUAUCCUAUCCGAGGAUAAGUUUUUAAGUGCUUAUGAGGCACUAGGCUUCCCUGGGCUGAUGAAGAAAGACAAUCAAGCGAGAACACUAAUCCAGACGCUCAAGAUCUUUGGCAGAGUUACAAACUUAACGAACGCAACGGGAAUGCCUAUUACUAUUGACGAGCUACGCUACGACACUAUGACACUCGAUCUCUCCUUCCAUAUCAUUCUUAUGCAGCUUGUGACUUGGGUGACCACAUGUACCAGGAUAGCAAAAGCAAUUGCGGAUACUCUCAAAUCGCUAGGACAGCGGCGACAAAGACACAGUUUCAAGCUGGCUCGUUGAAUGUCAUGAACAUCAAGAAGAAAUCCUAGGGGCAAUAAACAUGGCAACGCCACAACUGACGUUCAGUGCAUUACAACAUUGUCAAAACCGUGGUCUACAUGCACGCCUCUCAUGAAUUUGUCGUCAACCGAAAGCGCCUGCGCAACGUCUACAUAAAGCUGGGCCGUUGACUACUUUCAAAAUUCUCUGGGGGAUUCUCAGAU